UCCUCGAGCUCCCCCAACCUUGAUCCUCUGCCCCUGCCUCGCACAGGUCUCUGUCCGCCGAGCGACAGACCGACUGACCGCCCGGGAAACCUGCCGGCCGCGAGCUCCGGAGGGCGGGAGGGGCGGGGGAGGCGAUGGCUGCGGCUUGAGGAGCAGGAGCAGGUGCGGCGGCGACGAGCGGGCGGGGCAAGGACGGGGCGGCGGCGGGGGCGCGGGCGGGCACCGGGAGGCCGCGGCGCGGAGCGAGCCCGGCCAGGUCUCCCGGGGGGCGAGGGGAUCCAGAGUUGAGCCGGGUGGAGUGGUGACUCGGAAGGCGCAGGAUCCCAAGGAGACAGAGAGGACAGGAGCUGGAGAGGCAUCCAGAGAGCGGCGGGGAGCGCCAGGGGAGGGGAGGGGUGGCAAAUAGGGGCACUCUUGGAGGGGAGCCUGGAGAGGGGCCAGGACCGAGGCUGGAGGUCGGAGAGGGGCAUCUGGGGACAGGAAUGGGCGAGGUAGAGAGCGGUGGAGACUGUGCGGGUCUGGUUAGUUGGUAAGAUCCGGAGGUGUUAAGUUCUGAGUCGUGUGAGGGCUGGGCAGGGAGGAGAGCUCUCGGGAGGCCUGGGGUGCGCAGCUGGUGGAGAAGAGGGGGCUGCGGCCCAGGGCCAGGUGGGGAGCCGGCAGGUAGAGGGGCGCAGGGGGCGACAGGCAGCUGGGCUGAAGUGUGAAGCAGGAUCGAGUGGAGGUGGGGAAAGCAUGGUGGGGACGGCAUCGCAGGCGUGAGGCGAGCACAGGCUGAGGGUGGCCGAAAGGUGAGCGUGCGCAGGCCAGGGGACCCUAGGCCCGGCCAGGACAGUGCCCCAUGAGGGGAGCCCCUCCCUGGGGUCCCUGAAGCCAUGCUGUCCCGAAAAGGCAUCAUCCCUGAGGAGUACGUGCUGACUCGUCUAGCAGAGGACCCGGCCGAGCCCAGGUACCACGCCAGAGAGCGGAAGGCUCGCUUCGUGUCCAAGAAAGGCAACUGCAACGUGGCCCACAAGAACAUCCGGGAGCAGGGCCGCUUCCUGCAGGACGUGUUCACCACACUGGUGGACCUCAAGUGGCCGCACACGCUGCUCAUCUUCACCAUGUCUUUCCUGUGCAGCUGGCUGCUCUUUGCCAUGAUCUGGUGGCUCAUCGCCUUUGCCCAUGGUGACCUGGCCCCUGGCGAGGGCACAACAGUGCCCUGUGUUACCAGCAUCCACUCCUUUUCAUCUGCGUUCCUUUUCUCCAUCGAGGUCCAGGUAACCAUUGGUUUUGGUGGGCGCAUGGUGACAGAGGAGUGCCCACUGGCCAUCCUGAUCCUCAUUGUACAGAACAUUGUUGGGCUCAUGAUCAAUGCCAUCAUGCUGGGCUGCAUCUUCAUGAAGACGGCCCAGGCACACCGGCGGGCAGAGACCCUCAUCUUCAGCAAGCACGCGGUCAUUGCUCUGCGCCAUGGCCGCCUCUGCUUCAUGCUGCGCGUGGGUGACCUCCGGAAAAGCAUGAUCAUCAGUGCCACCAUCCACAUGCAAGUGGUACGAAAGACCACGAGCCCCGAGGGCGAGGUGGUGCCCCUUCACCAGGUGGACAUCCCCAUGGAGAACGGCGUGGGUGGAAACAGCAUCUUCUUGGUGGCUCCGCUCAUUAUCUACCAUGUCAUCGAUGCCAACAGCCCGCUUUACGACCUGGGACCCAGCGACCUGCACCACCACCAGGACCUUGAGAUCAUCGUCAUCCUGGAAGGUGUGGUGGAAACCACGGGCAUUACCACCCAGGCCCGAACCUCCUACCUGGCUGACGAAAUCCUCUGGGGCCAUCGCUUUGUCCCCAUUGUGACAGAGGAGGAUGGCCGCUACUCCGUGGACUAUUCCAAGUUUGGCAACACCAUUAAAGUGCCCACACCACUCUGCACAGCCCAUCAGCUCGAUGAGGACCACAGCCUGCUCGAUGCCCUGACUCUCGCCUCUACCCGUGGGCCUCUGCGCAAGCGCAGUGUGCCUGUGGCCAAGACCAAACCCAAAUUUAGCAUCUCUCCGGAUUCCCUGUCCUGAGUCAUGGUCCGUGGGACUCCACCGUGCAUGUGUGCACUCAGGCAGUGUGUUGUGGUAUGUAGAGUGGGAGAGAUGUGGACCCCCUGGCCAAGCAAGAGCCUCGUGUGAGGAUGGACACCCCAGCUCAGCCUCCCCCUGCUGCGUGACCAGGGUGUUACAAGGCACUUGUCACUGUGCUAUUUCUGGCCUCAGCAGGAUUCUAUACUAGGUUAUUUUUGUCCCUACUUCUCCCAGCCCCAGCUCAGGACUGGCUUGCCCCUCUCUCCCUGCCCAAGGCUGGGGAGCCUAUAGGAAUCGCUGGGCCCUAAAGCUGGGUCUGAAGCCAGUCCUGGCCCCCAUAAUUGGCCUGCCUCAAGCAGAAACUGGCUGGGGGAAAACAAGCCCUGGGUUGGGGAUCUGCUGCUCUCUUUCUGUGCCCUCGAGAAACAACUGAGACCACGCUGCAGGCCUCCUUGGUCUCUGAAGAAGUGAUGGGCUCAGGGGUGGACCUUACCAGUCAGGGAGGGUGGCAUAGAGACUUCCAGAUGCUGUGCACACAGAGACAGGUGGAGGCUGGCAGGCUCAGGCCAGAGAGGGGAUGCAGCAAGGCGGGGGUGUGGGGGGGUGACGUGAGGGAGGAGGCUUUGCUGAUUGCUGCCAAGGCUUUGAGAGCAGGACGUGGACCCAGCUUCCCACCCUUCAUCCCUAACACCAGGCUUCUGCAGAGAGGGCUCCAUGGGCUGGGGCUGCUGGUCCCAGCCAGUCCCCACCCUGACAAGCUGAGUGGACAGGGACUGAGGUGAGGGGUCACACUUCAAACCACAUAUAACAGGCUUCAGAAUGAACUUCACACCUGGCUCACCCAGGAAAGCUGUGACUUGAAUUGAUGUUCAGUGGGAGGCUGGGGUGGAGGUGGGGAGGUGACUUUUGGUUGCUGGAAAAAGAGAUGUUGGAAAGUUAAGGAUGCUGGAGUGGAUCAGUCCCCUAAGAUGAAGAGACCCCUGGGCUUGACCUCAGCCUGGACUCUCCUUGCCCAGAAUUCUGCCUAACACACUGUCAAUAAAGCCUGCUCCUCCACAA